AUGGAUCCUGAGACGGUGAGACUCUGUGCGUGGAUCAUCAAGAGUCAUUUCGGGGAUAUGGUCUCGCUGGUGGUGCAAACAUUGGUUGCUCAUGGACGACUAUCGUUCCGAGAGCUCGUACUGUUCACCAAACUAAAGCCACGGGCAAUUGCUGCAUCUCUCAUCGUCCUCUCACAACAUGGUCUCUUGUGGCACUCAAACGUUCAAGACGACGAGCGAUACGAAUGUAAUGUCGACGAAUGCCUCCAACGCCAGCGAUUCGGCAAGUUUUUGCUGAUCGCCAACGAUUUGUAUGGGGAAUAUGGAGUACUGGUCGUACAGACUAUCUUGGAUCAUGGGCGAGUGCGCUUUCCUCAACUCAUCGAGGAGUUGCCACAGAUAGAACGAGGCAGGCUACAAAAGCUCGUUCGCAGGAUGCUUCAAAAGCGAUUCAUCAAAUCCACAACGGAGUAUUUAACAAAGUCAAGGGCCGACCGCAUCGCCGACGCCGAGAAUCGACUUUUGAUGGCGGACGUAACGACGAAAAAUGUCGCAGUAGCCUCUGCAAAACGACUGGCAGAGAAAAGGUUGGAAGCUGAAGAACAAGUCGCUGCCCGGGAAAGGGAGGUAGAGGCACUAGGACUGAAACUAUCCGAGUCAAAGGCCACAACCAAGUCGAUGAAAGGAAAAGACAAAGACAAAGAAAAGGAGAUAGAUGAGACCAUUUGGUUGCGCAUCAACUUUACGACCUUUAACAUAUGCCUACGGAAUAGUCUAAUAGAAUCCGCCGUAAGAGCACGCUAUAACGAACCGGCUGCCUCAGUGAUGCGGGCUGUCUUGAAGGCGACAGAGAAGAAUAUCGUCGGAUCUAAUGGCAUUCUCGAAGAAAUGAGCGAGGAUGACAACCUGGCCUCUGGUUUAGCUACCCGAGGAAGCUCAAAGUCAAAUGCAUCGCUGCUUAAAGAAUACAUCUCCAUGUUGUCUACCUCGGAUACGCUGUCACCAUCGAGUGUCAGCUCGUCGUUCUUGUCGUCGGGCUCGACGGGGAUGAGCAGCAAAGUCCAAGUAGACUUUAUUGGAAUCUACCGCAAACUUAAAUUAGCCGUCCUUGAAGGAUAUGUUCGGGAGAGAUGGGGCCCGCUUGCUGUCCGUAUUGUCAAGAUUCUUUUGGCCAUGGGGAUGAUGGACGAACGUCAGCUCGCAAAAGUUGCGAUGAUCUCACCAGAUUCGAUCCGACCAUUGAUAUCUGUCCUGUCUGGGGCGUCUAUCAUCACCUCGCAAGAAGUACCCAAAGGGAAAGAUUUCUUGCCGAGUCGUACAUCCUACUUCUGGCACGUCGACAUGAACAAGACGAAUGCAGUGAUGCUCUCGACGCUGAUGAAAACCAUGGCAAACAUCAUGGAGCGCAAAGCUGCCGAGUCGUCGACACCCCUGCUCAAGACCCUGCUGGAGACACGGAGACGGACAGAUGUAGCUGCCGACGAGAGCUUGUUGACAUAUGCGGAGAAGGAGCUACUGAGACAGUGGGAAGAAAAGAUGGUCAAGCUUGGUAUACUAGAGUCUCGUGUAGAUGAGGCCAUGUUCAUCCUCCGAGAGCUGCCUCUGGCUAGCUAG